AUGGCGGAAGAGGCGGCGGUGGUAGAGAGGAACGGCGAUGAUCAGAGUGAGACCAGUGAUUACACUUCGGAAGACGAGGGGACGGAGGACUACAGGCGCGGGGGAUACCACGCUGUGCGAAUCGGUGACACAUUCAGGCACGGCCGAUAUGUAGUUCAAAGUAAGCUUGGCUGGGGUCAUUUCUCCACCGUUUGGCUCGCUUGGGAUACACACAAUUCGCGGUACGUGGCUCUUAAAGUUCAAAAGAGUGCGCAACAUUACGCUGAAGCAGCAAUGGAUGAGAUCACUAUAUUAAAACAGAUUGCCGAGGGAGACCCUGAAGAUAAGAAAUGUGUUGUAAAGCUUUUGGAUCACUUUAAGCAUUCAGGGCCAAACGGGCAGCAUGUUUGUAUGGUUUUUGAAUACUUGGGUGACAAUCUUUUGACCCUAAUUAAAUAUUCGGACUACAAAGGAAUUCCUCUUCAUAUGGUUAAAGAAAUUUGCUUCCAUAUUUUAGUGGGAUUGGAUUAUUUGCACCGGCAUCUAUCAAUCAUACACACGGACUUGAAACCAGAGAACAUAUUACUUCUUUCGACUAUUGAUCCAGCUAAAGAUCCAACAAAGUCAGGUGCCCCUCUUGUCUUACCAUUCAGUAAAAACGAGAUCCUGUCUGAUUCUGGGACUUCUAAAGAUGCACAGAGCUCAAAUGGUGACCUGACCAAGAACCAGAAAAAGAAAAUCCGAAAAAAGGCUAAGCAAGCAGCCCAAAAGUGUGUGGGGAAGGAAGCUUCUGAGGAUGCUGAGCCAGAUUAUGAGGCUAGUAGUCCUGAAGAUUCUCACAAUGAUGAUAAAUCCAAUUGUAAGUCCAUUGAAGAGCAGACCAAUAUGAAUGGAGUGAAGGAUGCACGCGAAGGAACUAAGCUUAAUAGGAGAGGUAGCCAUUCUACAAGGCAGAAGCUAUUGGCUGAGAUUGACCUAAAUUGCAAAUUGGUAGAUUUUGGAAAUGCUUGUUGGACGUAUAAACAAUUCACAAGUGAUGUUCAGACAAGACAGUAUAGAUGUCCAGAGGUUAUCCUAGGAUCUAAGUACUCAACAUCAGCUGAUAUGUGGUCAUUCGCUUGCAUUUGCUUCGAGCUGGUCACCGGUGAUGUUCUUUUUGAUCCUCACAGUGGUGAGAACUAUGAAAGAGAUGAGGAUCAUUUGGCCCUGAUGAUGGAGCUUCUUGGGAUGAUGCCGCGGAAGGUUGCCUUAGGUGGGCGCUAUUCCCGAGAAUUAUUUAAUAGAUAUGGAGAUUUGAGACAUAUACGACGAUUAAAAUUUUGGCCUCUGAAUAAGGUGCUCAGGGAGAAAUAUGAGUUUUGUGAGCAAGAUGCGAAUGACAUGGCGGAUUUCCUGGUGCAAAUACUCGAUUUUGUGCCAGAGAAAAGGCCAACAGCAGCACAAUGUCUUAAUCAUCCAUGGAUCUGUGCAGGUCCUAAGAAACUCACCCCUUCUAUCUCUCAACUCCAUGCAAUGGAAAACGGUUGUGCAGAUAAGAAGGAAAAGGGUGAAAGGGAGGCUGUGGAGGUUGGAGUAGGAAACAUUGCUAUUGAUGGAGCACCAAAACCAAUUAAAGAUUCUCUGCCUACAGCAAACCCUCCAAAACAGUCAUAG